AUGGGAGGUGGGUGGUGGGUAGUAGGUCUAGCAAAACUCCAAGGCUGUGCUACUUUUUGGAUGAAAUAUUCAAGAGAGCUUUUUCUAUUAAAUAUUUUUGUGAGGGCCAUGUCGAUGCAUUACCAUUUUGGGUUUGAUCGAUUACCCGCUUUGAAAGGUUCUGGGGUGUUGGAGAAUGUUCAGAAACCUGGCAAGAAGGUGUUGGAGUCUGAGUUUCCUGAAUUGAAAAGUUUACGGUUCCCCAACUUCAUCAGUUUACAAGACAUUGUUCCUGUUAGUGGGUUUGAUACGGUGAAUUUGCAUGGAACCGAGGCGGAGGAGAACACAAAUGGGUACACGCACCAUUCUGGAGCCCAUUUUGGGCUUGAGGACGAGGAGAACUACGAAUUCAAGCAUUUUAUCUCGAUGAAUCUGUUUCAUGACGAGACGGAUCCCACCAAAAACGCACUGACUGUGGUAUUGGAAGGUCUUUCUAGUGACAUUACGCGAUCGGACUCUUUGAUCGACCAGUUGCUGUCUUACACGAUGAACGAUAUCGUUGGGAAGGUGUCUGUGAAGGUUGAAGGGAUUGACGUAAAGAUCAACACCAAGUUCAGCUGGACGGCACUUGUUCACGAGCUUGUUGAGCCCAAGAUGGUUUUCAUAGAGUUUUCAGAUCUGUUGGCCCUGGAUCUGUUUCAGCGACUACUUGAGGAAGGGUCUUUGAAGUUGCGUAUGAAGUCGGUCACCAAACAGGCUUGUCAGAAGCUCGAGGAGAAGGUGGAGAUCGGGUCGAUUUCGAAAGAGUUGUUUUUGGAGAAAUUGCGCCAAGUUGAGCACACCGGUGCGAAUUUGCGUUCGGGCAAGUCGCACAAAAACGGGUCGUCAGAGGAGUAUGUGGUUGACUCGAAGGAAAUGGAGGAUAUUCCUAGCGACAUGUUGAAUCUGGUGAAACAGAACGUCGUUGAUUUCCGCAUGCGGGUUUUGCGGCUAGAAACACAGAAGAAAGAGCAGCAGAUUCUCCGAGGCAAGCAGAACAGCAAGACGAAGUUGCGGCGGAUGUAUUUCCCUGGCCAGGGCGACCGGAUGGACGAGGACGGCGACGAGGACGAGGAAGACUUGGAAGGUGACGGGGUGGACGAUUUGGAGUUUAAAAAACAGCAGGAAGCGCAGGCACACGCGCGUGCCGAAAAGACGUAUCUGAUGCGUGUGCAGCAGACGCGUGCGCGGGACGACGCUCGUCACAAGCGCGUUGACCAGUUCAACAAGACCAUCGAGCACCACGCGUACGAAACAGAGUACGUUGCCGCCGCACGAAAACGGUUCUUGGACAGCUUUGUGACCGGUAUCAAGGACAACUCGAACAAGAUCGACCUCAACUUCAGCUACUAUAUCAACCACAGCAACUAUCUGGCGUUCCGGAGCAAGAAGAAAUCGGACGAGGAACGGCUGGACGCCCAGGACAGAGAGGAGGACGCUGCGGAGCGGGACCUGAAUGCCGAACAGAACGAGUUCAUGGCCUCGUUUGGCGACAAGCCCGUCAAGAUCACGCUCAAGAAAGACGAAGACGCUGCGCUGUCGCCAGAGCUUGUGGGGAAGCUGCGCGAAGCUGCCGAAGAGGUGCUGGAGGAGUUUUUGGGAGUCAAGGAGGAGUCUUUGGUGGAGUUCAUGGUGAGCUUUGUUUCCAAGAACCGCAUUGCCGACAAGACCAAUGCCGAGUACUCUGCGUUUGUGUCUGAGCUCGCAGAAACCUUGGACGAGGACGCGCAGGCUGCUGUUGACCGGCUCUAUGCUGCGCUUACGUAA